GCGUGGAAUAUCGUUAUUGAUGUUGUAACUUUUUCUAAAUGAUAAUAAGAUGCCAUCAGACCAUAUAAGAAUGAGCAGCGCAGUGUGAACUCAGUUGCUCACACGAAUCGUUUAGCUUGCUUUCACAGUCAAGGUUUAGUAUUGUCCACUGAAAUGAACGGCACCUGUGAACUUAAAAAGAGACUCCUGAAUGGCGCCAGCAAUGGGCACGCAUUCGCUGUCGAAAAUGAAACAUCCAACGACCAAUAUUACGCCAACAACAACGUGUACAGCUACGAAGCGGUGGUGAACAUAGCCGAGUACCUUCUGGACCGAGUGCCCUACAGGCCACGCAUUGGGAUAAUAUGUGGUUCGGGAAUGGGUGCGUAUUGGAACGAGGGGUCUCUCGCCGAGGCAUUAAGCAACCCAAUCAAGUUUCCAUACGAAGACAUUCCAAAUUUUCCGGUCAGCACUGUGGAGGGUCACGCCGGUCAGCUCGUUUUCGGCCGCCUUUCCGGCGUACCCGUGAUGUGCAUGCAGGGUCGAUUCCACUACUACGAGGGUUAUCCUCUGUGGAAGUGCGCGAUGCCGGUCAGGGUUAUGAAGAUGGUGGGCGUGACGCAUUUGAUCGCCACGAACGCGGCCGGUGGACUUAAUAAGACUUACAAAGUUGGCGAUAUUAUGCUUGUCAAGGAUCACAUCAACAUGAUGGGCUUCGCCGGUAAUAAUCCGUUGCAGGGACCCAACGAAGCGCGCUUCGGGCCCAGGUUUCCACCUAUGAAUACGGCGUAUGAUAAGCAACUGGUUAGGAAGGCGAAAGAGAUUGCGGCGUUGGAAGGACUUGGCGAUUUGGUGCACGACGGUGUUUACACUUGUCUCGGUGGACCUAGUUUUGAAACGGUUGCUGAACUAAAAAUGUUGGGUAUGCUGGGAGUCGAUGCGGUUGGUAUGUCGACAGUUCAUGAAGUUAUUACGGCGAGGCAUUGCAACAUGUCCGUUUUUGCGUUUAGUCUGAUCACCAACAUGUGCAUCACCGACUAUGAUUGCGGUGAUGAAGCCAAUCACUGUGAAGUUCUCGACGUUGGAAAGUUAAGAGAAGCGGAUUUGAGGCACUUUGUUUCUAAAAUCGUGGUGCAUUUGGCGCAUAACAUGUGAACGCACUGACCUAGAAUGUAAUUUUCCGUAGUGUAAGAAAUGAAUGCAUGUAUUUAUAUUGCUAGUGUUAAAACCGUUCCAUUUAAAAUUAAUGUUAUGAAUUAGGUUUUCAUGGUGCUGUAUUUCUAGCUAUCCAGUGUACAGAAUAUAGCCGCCGCCGUUAGGAUUAAGCAUUUCGCGAAAAUAAAUAAAUAAUAUUUAAAUCCCA